AUGCCGGUUCUACUAACCAGGGAGGGGCCAGAGUGGUAUGCGAACAGAGGCUGGGUCGGCGUGACCCGGGCAGGGGGGGCGGGAGGGAUCGGAGCCUUCGGGCUGCGGCGGGCGGUGGGCGGGAGCUCCCGGCCUCCCGGGGGUCGCGGGGCGCGGCGGCAGCGGCCCGGCCACCAGGGGUUAAGCGGUGACUUCAGCCGCGGCGAGGCGGCCGAGCGGCCGGCCGGGCGGGCGGGGGCGGCGCCGCGGCGCGCAGUGCGCGGCGGCUGGACCAGGCCGCUCGGCGUCGGCGGCGGCGGCGGCAGCGGCAGCGGCAGCGGCGGCGACGGGCGCACUCCCGGCCGGGCCGUGACCUCGCGGGCGGCGCGCGGCGCGGCCAUUGGCUCGGGCGGCGGCGGCGGCGGCGGCGGCGGGCCGGGCAGCGGGCCGGGCGGCUGGGGCGCGGGGCUGGGCCGGCCCGGCCAUGGGCGCCCGCGGCCGCCGGGGCAGCUGAGGCGCGGGGCGGCUGCCGGCGCCUUUGUGAGCGGCGCGGACAACAAAGGCGCGGCCGAGUGGCUGGAGCCGGUGAGUGCGGCCCUCGGGGCGCCGGGAGCGCGGGGCGGGGCCGGGGGGCGCCGGGCUGGGGGCUCCGCGGGCUCCCGAGACGCCGCCGGGGCGUCGGUGGGGCUCCGGGUCUCUCCGGGGCCGCGGGCGUCCCUGUGA